AUGGUGAACGUACCAAAGACUCGCCGCACCUACUGCAAGGGCAAGGACUGCAAGAAGCACACCCAGCACAAGGUCACCCAGUACAAGGCUGGCAAGGCCUCCCUCUUCGCCCAGGGAAAGCGUCGUUACGACCGUAAGCAGUCCGGUUACGGUGGUCAGACUAAGCCUGUCUUCCACAAGAAGGCCAAGACCACCAAGAAGGUCGUCCUCCGGUUAGAAUGCACCCAGUGCAAGACCAAGGCACAGCUCGCGCUCAAGCGUUGCAAGCACUUCGAGUUGGGUGGUGACAAGAAGACCAAGGGCGCUGCGCUUGUCUUCUAG